CAACUCCGCACUCGUUGGCUAAAACGCGCGGGUCCUCACCGUCGAUGGUCCUCACACAUGCAGCAGUCGCGCGCAUUUGACGUCACGCGUGUCAGCAGCUGAUGGGUUUCGUCACUACGCGCCAGCAUCUGACAACACGCAGGAGUUGGAGCAGAGUAAUCGCUAGGAGGACUUGGGUUUCACCUUGUGAUGAACCCGGCGGGUUAGGGGCGGCCGAACCGGACCAGAGAUGCCGAAGUACUGCUCGGUCCCGAACUGCAGGAGCGACGGCAGCGACGGGAGGAGCUUUUACAAGUUCCCGCUGCAGGACCCGGUCCGGCUCCAGCAGUGGCUCAGGAACAUGGGACGGGAGAACUGGACCCCGUCUCGACACCAGUACAUCUGCCACGAGCACUUCUCACCGUCAUGCUUCAGGGUCCGCUGGGGGAUCCGAUACCUGGAGAGUGAUGCUGUUCCCACAGUUUUCCAAGAGAGCCAGAAACGGAAAGCCGCGGAUCACAGCGAGAGGAAGCCAAAGCGCCUCAGAGAUCACAGGAAUCAGAACUUUUCCGAUCCCAGUGACGGGACCGUGACCUUCAAACCCGUAGAGAUCCAAGGCGCGUUGCACACGGUUCACCUGUAUGAGUUUGCAGUCGACCAACAAGCAGAAAUGGGUUUACUGGAGCCGAGUGGCCUGGGAGAACCGGACUGUUCCGUCCAGACGGACCUGGACUCACUGCAACCUUCCUACCAGACAGAUGAUCCAAGUAACAACAUGGAGAGCGUGGAGGUGGUGGUAAUGUCUGAAUGUCCUGCUGGAGAUCAGGAUGACGAGCUUGUCCACGCCAUUUUAAACCAGGGCAGCACGCUGGUUCUGAAGGAGUCCAUCCAAGAUGUCUCCUGCUCCGCUGAAGACCUCUCACAAGUCCACGAAGGUCAAGAGGUCAUUGCUUACUUUGAGACGAUGCCAGACGUUUUUCCCAGCGAAACCUCAUCCCAGCUGGCCUUCUCCCCGGACACGGUGCUGUCACCAGCUCUGAGCUCCAAGCCCAUAUCCUCCACUCUGCCCAUCGUCUCCAAGCACAUCCCACCCUCAUCGCUGGUCCUCACCCUGGAGAGGCUGGACACGGAGGGGGAGGAUGAGGAGGAGGGGGGCGAAGGCACGUCGGAGGUGGAGGACAACGAGCAGCAGGACCAGCAGUUGGAGGAGCACCGCUACCAUAAGAACAGUCUGAGUAAGGAGCAGCUGGAGGCGAUCGUAGCCGGCCUGCAGAAGAAGGUGAAGGUUCUGCAGCAGCGACACCGCCGGCACCUGGAGAAGCUUCUGGGGCUGGAGAACACGGUGAGCCAGCUGCGCCAGAGCAACCUGCUGAACGAGGAGCGCCUGCAGCUGCUGGAGAGGGCGUACAUACAGACCAGUACAGCUGCUCCAGAUGCUGGUGAGACUGUUGCCAUCAUCUACGAGGAGGACAACGCCGCGUACUUCUACACGCCAGCCAGCGACGCAGGAGCGAUGGGUGUAGAAAACGCAUGACUGCGCUUCCUGUGUGUGUUUGUGCCAAAUAACCAGCAAAAUAAAAAGAUGUCCUUAAAUCAGAACGUGUGGGUGAGACGAGGCCGUGCGUCGCUCCAUCUGCUCUGAUCUUUGCACAAAUCUUAGAAAAGGGAGGAUUAGGAAUGUUAUUUAGAUUUUUCUCACUGCUUUCCUCCAACUUCUCUUUUGCAUAAAUUAUUGUUUAUAUUAAUGUGAAAAUCAUUAAAGAAAACUUUCAUGAA